UUGGUCAGAUCCUGUGCUGAAGAUGUUUCCAGAACAACAGAAAGAGGAAUUCGUAAGCGUCUGGGUCCGAGAUCCCAGGAUUCAGAAGGAGGACUUCUGGCACUCUUACAUUGACUACGAGAUAUGCGUUCACACUAAUAGCAUGUGUUUUACAAUGAAAACAUCCUGUGUGCGAAGAAGAUACAGAGAAUUUGUGUGGCUGAGGCAAAGACUCCAAAGUAAUGCAUUGCUGGUACAACUGCCAGAACUUCCAUCUAAAAACCUGUUUUUCAACAUGAACAAUCGCCAGCAUGUUGAUCAGCGCCGUCAGGGUUUGGAAGAUUUCCUCAGAAAAGUCCUGCAGAACGCACUUUUGCUCUCAGACAGCAGCCUUCACCUCUUCCUGCAAAGCCACCUGAACUCCGAGGACAUCGAGGCUUGUGUUUCUGGGCAGACCAAGUACUCAGUGGAAGAAGCAAUCCACAAGUUUGCGUUGAUGAACCGACGCUUCCCUGAAGAAGACGAAGAAGGAAAAAAAGAACAUGACGCAGAUUAUGAUUCGGAAAGUUCAUCCUCUGGGCUGGGACACAGUAGCGACGAUAACAGUUCGCAUGGAUGUAAAAUAAGUACAGCUCCACAAGAAUCCUGAAAAGGAAUUCUCAUGUUACUCUCUUAGGAAUAGCGUGUGUCCAGUCAUAGAGGAAAACGCUUGCUAAUAGUAUAGUCUAACCUGAAGCUCACCGUCAUGACAUUAGGUAUUUGAAUUCAAGAGGCUGGGUUGUUUAUUAGUGGUAGGUGUUUUUAUGUUGUCUAAUUUUAGCCAAGCUUCUGUAUAAAGCAAAAAGUCUGUGAAUGCCAUACUACCCUGCAUCGCCAAACAGUCCCAGUAAACAAGAUCCUGCCCUCAGUUGAAAUGAUUUAUAUGUUUGAAAAAGACUUAGUUGGUUUUAUUGAAUUUCAAAAGAUAAGUACGUAGGUGUGUUUAAAAUCCAGAUACAGCAUUCCUGCUCUGUGAACCAGGCAGUUACUGUAGACGAGCAUAUGUGAUGUUAGCCAACAGGAAGGGUGACAGCGUGGAGCAGACCGUCUGGAAGGCAUGUGGCUG